AUGGUCCUGCGUCGCACCGUACACCCGCCCAUCCGCGUCGCGCGCGAUUUUAGUAACCUCGCCCCACCGGCAUACCACGACGCUUCUUCCGACAUGUCUGCCACGUCCAGCCCUCCGAUCGAAUCCGACGGCCCAGAUUCCUUCUUCCAGGCGCAGUCUACAGCGACGUCCGUCGUAGAUCCGCCCGUCCCAGCUGGCACGCCGCCGUUUGUAGCGCGGGUGGCGGCGGUGCCGUCUCCCGCGAGCAGCUCGGUGGCGGUGGAGGCGCCGCCGCGCCACACGUCGUCGAAGUACGACUUCGUCAAGGUGCGCGUGUGGCUGGGGGAGAACGACGAUCACUACUACGUGCUGUCGAGAUUCCUUAUAGCGAGGAUGCUCACCGUCACACGCAUGCCGCAUGUGGUGGCCACUAAGGUGGCGUUGGAGUUGAAGAAGCUGCUGGUGGACCACGGGCUGCUGGACGUCAGCCAGGGCGACCUCGAGCGCAACCUCUUUGCUCUCAUGCGCCGCCGCGGCUAUGGGGAUGACUACGUGGGCCGCUACCGCAUGAUGACCAGCUUCUACCACCGGCGCAUACCACUGGUGAUAUUCAUAACGGGGCUGCCGUGCACGGGCAAGUCCACCGUGGCCUCACUGCUCGCGCAGCGCCUCAACCUCCCCAACGUCCUGCAGACGGACGUGGUGUACGAGUUGCUGCAGGGCAUGCCGGAGUCGCCGCUGCAUGCGGUGCCGCUGUGGGCGCGCACGGACCUGGGGGCGGGCGAGGAGGUGGUGGCGGAGUUCUGCCGCGAGUGCAAGAUCAUCCGCAAGGGGUUGGAGGGCGAUUUGAGCAAGGCGCUGAGGGAGGGCAAGCCCGUGAUUAUUGAGGUCAGGCAGGGGCGCGGAUGGGCUAGGCUGUAUGCAUGGCCGGCCCUGAGGAUGAUGCGAGCAGAACAGGAGUGGGAGUGA